ACUACCCGCCACCCUCACGAGUAGUCUUGAGGUGUUAUCAAAGAGGCGUUGAAAUGUUGGAUAACUUCCUUUCCAUGUCAUUCAGGGCAUGAUUAAACGCAGGGAAUUGUGAGUCUUAUGGUGUACGUUCGGAUGUGAGUAUAACAAAGAAAAUAAACAUUUUAGCGAAGGUAAACAAAGUUGGAUAAGGGUGCAGUAUGGCAAAGCGGAGUGGAUCUAAGGCAGAUGUCGAUACAAAGAAGCUGAAGCAGGUGCUGAAAGCAAGGGGGAGCGGAGCAAAAGACAAGGCGAAGAGAAAAGAUGCAGGUGAUGACAAUGCAGAAAAGGAGGAGACGCUCAGAAGGAGGGUCAUUCCGAAACGACGUACCUCCUCAGGGCAAGGAGUAGGGAAUGCCUCGAGGAGGUCCGUUGGUUUCAUCACCAGCAAACACUUCCGGUCACCAUUGAAGAUGGAAGAUAAACGCAGCAAUAAUGAUAAUGAUAAUAUGAUGAGUUCAGUAGCCCCAGUGACAGACAAUGUAAAGGAAGAAGAAGAGGAGGAGAGUGAGGAAGAGGAUGAUGACUGGGAGGAGGUCGAAGAACUGGCUGAGCCUCUGGGUCCAUCAGAAACCUCAGAACCAGUCCUGCCAUCUCAGUCUGUAGAGAUAGAAAUUGAGACCCCGGAAGUCAGAAAAAAACAGAAAAAGAAGGCCGAGUUUGAGAUGUACUUGAGACGGAUGAUGAACCGUUACAAGAAGGACCUGCUGAUAGACACGCACAAGGUGCACCUCAUGUGUCUGUUAGCAAGCGGGAUGUUCCGCAACCGCCUGUGCAGCGAACCCGACCUGCUGGCUGUCACUCUGUCGUUGCUGCCCACUCACUUUAGUGCAGUAGCCAAGGAACGCAAAGACCACAACUACCUCUGUGGGCUUUUAAAAUGGUUUCAAGCAACUUUCACCCUCAACACCAGUCUUCCCUAUGAGGAGCAUCCAAACCCUCGCACUCUACUGGAGAGACGUCUGGCCAGCCUGUCGGCAAAGAACCACCAGGAGCUGACUCAUCUGUUCAUGUUAGUCCUCAGGUCUCUGCAGCUCUUUUGCCGCCUGGUUCUUUCUUUGCAGCCCAUUCCUCUCAAACCUCCACCAGCCAAGGGCAAAGGGGACGCUACCUCCUCUGUCUCACUAGCAACGACAAACCAAAGCCGGGUAAUAGCUAAGACCAGCUCGCCUCAGCAGAAAGUCUCUCCAGGCUCUAAGAGGCCAGCUCAAGGAGUAAAGAGUGCCAUAGACAGGGGAGGGAAAAAAGCAAAGAGGGAACCAUUAAAGGGAGAGGAAGUAGAGGCAGACGAUAAGAUUACGUUGCCAGGAGGCCAAAGACCAAAGAACUCCAAACGGCGCAGCAUCGCCUCAAAGAUUAGCUACAAGGAAGAGACCAACAGUGAGAAUGAGGAGGAACUUAAUGAUGAGGAGUUUCAAGCAUUCAGUGAGGAAGAUAGCGAAGAUUCCGAGAGUGGGACCAAACCUGUCAAGGGAGUGAAGGGUGAAGAGAGAAGCAAAAGCAAAGAUAAAAAAGACAGAAACCAGAAGAAAAUGAGUGUUGUAGAAUAUGAUGAGGAGAAUAACGAGGAAGGUGAAAAAAGAUUGGUGAGCAGUAAAGGAAAGCAAAGGAGCAUGAAAAAGAAAAACGGUGUUGGAACUGACGAGUGGUUGGAGGUGUUCGUGGACAAAACGUCCUCCUGGGUGUGCGUGGAUGUGGAGCACGGAGUGGGAGAGCCUCUCCGCUGCUCCCAGAAUGCAACGUGGCCAGUCACAUACGUAGUGGGUGUGGACGGAGAUGGCUUUGUGAAGGACCUGGGCCAGAAGUACGACCCAACCUGGUUGACAUCGACCAGGAGGAGGCGAGUGGAGGAGGAGUGGUGGGAGGAGACGCUGCAGCCGUUUCUGAGAUCACAAAAUGAGCGGGACAUAAAGGAGAAUAAGGAGAUGCAAAAGAAGCUGCUGAACAAGCCCUUGCCCAUCUCCAUCGCCGAAUACAAGAACCACCCACUUUACGGCUUAAAGAGACACCUGCUCAAGUAUGAAGCCAUCUAUCCCGACACAGCUGCCGUACUUGGAUACUGCCGGGGAGAGCCGGUGUACUCCAGAGAUUGUGUGCACACACUACACUCCAAAGACACGUGGCUGAAAGAAGCACGGACUAUCAGAAUAGGAGAACUACCCUACAAAAUGGUGAAAGGCUUCUCUAAUCGUUCCCGUAAGGCUCGAAUGAUGACCGAGCAGAAGGAUCAAAACGACCUUGCUCUGUUUGGAGAAUGGCAGACGGAGGCGUAUCAACCUCCCAUUGCUGUGAAUGGAAAGGUUCCCCGCAACGACUAUGGCAACGUCUACUUGUUUAAGGCCUGUAUGCUGCCGGUGGGCUGUGUCCACCUCAGGCUACCCAACCUGCACCGCGUGGCCAAGAAGUUGGACAUGGAUGCUGCCCCUGCCGUCACUGGCUUUGACUUCCAUGGGGGAUAUUCCCACGCAGUCACUGAUGGUUACAUUGUGUGUGAGGAGCACGAGGAGAUCCUCAAAGCUGCCUGGGAGGAAGAACAAGAGCUUCAAAAACAGAGGGAGAAAGAGAAAAGAGAAAAGAGGGUGAUCUCCAAUUGGACUCUUCUUGUGAAGGGCCUUCUGAUCAGAGAACGUCUAAAGCGGCGUUACGGCAAGAAGGGCCAGGCCGCUGGAGGCCUCGGCCCCCCUAAUACUGACGGAGACAAAGGUGAUGGACUUUCAUCGGAUGAGGGGGCUGUUGGGGAAGAGGAAAAUACCGGAGCUAAAACUGCGUUGGAGACACUGGCUAUGUCGUGGCCCCAAAACAGGCAGGCAGAGGAGGAGAAAAGGGGGCGUGUCAGCGGAAAGAAGACAAAGCUGGAGAGGAGAGGCAAAGAGAAACAUUUGUUCCCCUUUGAGAAAGCAUGAUGCUACAGGACCUUUUACUUUGCACUUUUCAAGUCACUGUUCAUUAAAUGCCACUCUGCGUACACUUUGUAUGCGUGCAGUCAGUUAUCGGUGGUUUUAUUGACUGGUAAAUAAAAACAAACAAUACGGGAAUAAAUGUUACAUGGAGAGUUUUUACUGAAUAGAAUCUGAAAGGUGUUAUUGUUAUCAUUGUUUGACAUAACCACACAACAACUUCCAUUUUGUCCAUCAGUCGGCCCUCUUGGGUUGCAUUCAUAUAUUUUAUACAUGUAAAGGAAACUUGACACAUAAUGUACACUGCCUCCUUCUCUUUCAUACUAUUGCAUGUAUAGUUAGUACAUGUUUGUGUUCUGCUAUAUACGGAACGUCACAUGACGAAACCCAGAAAAUAGGUUAGCGGUCUUCCUGUUUACAGGUAUAUUUCAAUAAAUUAGAAUCGUGUCAAAAGCUUAAUUUAGUUAGGUUGUUCAAUUCAAAACGUGAAACUCUUAGAGAUGAAUUUAAGCGCACACGGAGUGAAAUAAUUUUCCCGUGUUAAAUAAAUCUGCUUAGAGUGUAAUGUAUGACUACUGAGAUAAAUUGAUUUUUCUCACAUAUUGUAAUUUAUUGAAAUGUACCUGAAUGGUCAGGGCAUUGAAUCGAUUGCAACUGGACUGUUCUGUUUGUCAAGAAGACAUUUCAUCUCUCAUCCGUGCAUACCUAAAUGCUGCGAUAGCUCGGACAACUAUUGGUUGAUGACAUGAUUGUUUGAAGCCGAACUCUUUCAAAUUUUGUUUUCUUUAUGGCUGGUGUCUUCCAACAAAAGUUAAAUACAUGUAUAGCACAGUAAAUCAUUUAUUUAUACAAAUAUGUAAACUGAACAAAGCCCAAACAUCAGAUACUGUCAUCUUUGGUGGCUCUUGAAGAAAUUUUGUGUGAAGCAAAAGACUAUAGGGCUGUUUUGCCGAAUGCGCAAGUUAGGUUGUGCAUAUUUACACUCUUCAUUGAAAUUGUUUUUUUUU